AUGGGAAACAGCCCGUCUAAGAACUGCCAUUAUGCCAUUCAGAGUACGAACAAACAAUCGCAAAAUUCCGGGCAACAGCAGUUGCAAGUAAGCGAGGAAUCGUCUAAUGAACCUAAUGACCCCGAUGAUAGUAGGUUUCUACCUACUUCUAAUGUAAAGAAUAUUUCAAUUUCCAAGCCUAGGAAUAAUGUUUCUAUAGUUAAUGGUUUUACUAAAGGUAGUAAUAGUACUACCCAUGAACAGCUCCGUAGGAGUCCUUAUCAUGAUUGGAAGAUUGACAUGCACAUGGCAAAAGCGUUACAAAAUUCAUCUAGUGUGACUGACUCGUCAACAUCCACAUCCCUGUCGUCUAAUUCAAGCUCAGGUUCAACAACCAUCUCUAUUUCCUCUUCCAACAUUUCUCUGAAACAAACGAACAGUGCAAUGUCGUCAAAUUCCUUUUCGGAACCCAAAAGUCUUUUGACUUUGAGGAAUGGGGCUAUGCCCCUAAGAGACCCUUCUCCUUCCUCAAUGGUUACUGAUGUAGGUGCUGGUGGACUCCCGCCGAUUCAGGAAGGUGCAGAGCACUACAACGGUAAUGGAGGCAAUCAAUGCGCGACCUCUCCCGUUUCCCCACCCUUUAAGAGGAGUAUUUCGAACCCCCGUGAUGCGGAUGCACCUGUUCUCCGGAAGAACUCUCAUGACCCCUACAACACUGAAACGCUAAAUAUUGACGAUGCUAUAGAGCGCUUGUUACACAUCGGAGAGACAAGGACAUACCAUUCACGCGACCUUCCAUUUCGUUCAUGGGAGGUCCAGCUGAUAUGUGCGACAGCUAGGGAAAUUUUUAUGAGCCAGCCUUCUCUUUUAAGACUUCAGGCUCCUAUUAAGAUUGUAGGUGAUGUGCAUGGCCAAUUCACCGACCUAUUGCGUAUAUUAAAGUUAUCAGGUAUUCCCCAUGAAACGAAUUAUCUUUUUCUUGGUGACUAUGUGGAUCGUGGUAAACAAUCGUUAGAAACUAUUUUGUUAUUAUUAUGUUACAAGAUCAAAUAUCCAGACAGAUUCUUUAUGCUUCGUGGGAACCAUGAAUCCGCCAAUGUCACAAAGAUGUAUGGUUUUUAUGAUGAAUGCAAGCGGCGUAUGUCUAGCAAGACUUGGAAACAGUUCGUCGAUGUCUUCAAUACUCUUCCGUUUGCUGCUAUAGUGCAAGACAAAAUUUUCUGUGUUCAUGGCGGGUUCUCCCCCCAGUUGACAAGUAUGAAGCAGAUCGAGAAGAUUGCAAGACCAACUGAUAUCCCGGAGGAAGGAUUGCUGACAGACUUGUUAUGGUCAGAUCCAGAUCCUAAUAUUUCCGACUGGUCACUUAAUGACCGUGGUGUCUCUUACACGUUUGCCAAGCGUAACGUGAACGAGUUUUGCUCAAAUUUUAAAUUUGACUUAAUUGUAAGAGGACAUAUGGUUGUAGAAGAUGGGUACGAGUUUUUUGCUAAGAAGAAGUUUGUCACAGUGUUCAGUGCCCCCAAUUACUGUGGACAGUUCCAAAACUGGGGUGCUGUGAUGAGUGUUGCUACCGGAAUGAUGUGUAGUUUUGAAUUACUUAAACCGCAUAUUAUGAGAGGAUUAAAAGAAUAA